CAGUCAACCAUUGCUACCAUGCCGAUCAUUCUGUGAGGCGGCACAAGAUGGCUGUGGUCCAGUGCUAGACAUGGUGAAUUCUUCCUGGCCGGAGUUCCUAAGAUGUUCCCAGUUCCAGAACAAAACAGAAAAUAGCAACCUGAGCCGUGUGUGCUUUUCCCCGCAGCAUGAGAAAGGACGGCAGGCACUUUGUGGGGACCAAGAAAGCUUUCUGUGCAGCAAUGGAAUCUGCAUAGCCAAGAAACUGACAUGUAACAGCUACAAUGACUGCGAUGACUGGAGCGACGAGGUACAUUGCAAUUGCAGUGAACAUCUAUUCCGUUGUAACACCGGAAAGUGCCUUAAUCAUAGCUUUGUCUGCGAUGGAUGAUGAUGACUGUGGAGACCUGAGCGAUGAGCAGAAUUGCGAGUGUAAUCCUGCACAUAGUUAUAAAUGUGGAGACGGACGAUGUAUAGCAUUACGAUGGGUGUGUGAUGGAGACCACGACUGUGCCGAUAAGUCAGAUGAAGUCAACUGUACUUGUCAUAGUCAGGGUCUAACGGAGUGCAAGAAUGGACAGUGUAUUCCUAGUGCCUUCCGCUGUGAUGGAGAUAAUGACUGUAAAGAUGGCAGUGAUGAAGAAAACUGCAUUGAGCACAAAGGUCACCCAUGCCAAGAUGGUGAUUCCAAGUGUGCUUUGGCAGGCUGCUCUGAACCAUGCACCAAUGACACAAACUGUGAAAUACCUCAAAACAAAACCAACUGCAGUCAAUGUGAACCAAUAACUCUGGAGCUGUGUAUGAAUCUCCCCUAUAAUUAUACACAUUUCCCAAAUUACCUUGGCCACAGGACUCAGAAAGAAGCCUCCAUAAGCUGGGAGUCCUCUCUGUUUCCAGCUUGGUUCAGACCAAUUGCUACAAGUAUCUUAUGUAUUUUGCUUGCACUAUCCUGGUACCAAAGUGUGAACUCGAGAUAAACCAGAGGAUACCGCCUUGCAGAUCACUCUGUGAGCAUUCGAAAGAGCGAUGUGAAUCUGUACUGGGUAUUGUUGGACUACAAUGGCCUGAGGACACAGACUGCAGUCAGUUUCCCGAUGAGAAGACAGAUAAUCAGACGUGUCUUAUGCCUGAUGAGGAUGUAGAAGAAUGCUCACCCAGUCAUUUCAAGUGCCUCUCUGGCCGCUGUAUCUUGGCAUCCAGGAGAUGUGAUGGAGAGGCAGACUGCGAAGAUGACAGCGAUGAAGCAAACUGCGGCUGCAUGGAGAGAGGACUCUGGGAGUGUCCGGGAAGCAAGACAUGUAUCAAGUAUUCCAUGAUCUGCGAUGGCUUUCCAGACUGCCCCGAACAGCUAGAAGAGACUAAUUGUUCCUCCUGCACACAUAAUGAACUGGAAUGUGCAAACCAUAAGUGUGUAUCACGUGACCAGUGGUGUGAUGGUCGAGUGGAUUGUACUGAUAGUUCUGAUGAAUGGGAUUGUGUCUCUGUCUCUAGCAAUAUCAGCUCCCCAACAUCUCUGGUGAUACACAGAUCAGCUGACAAUUACCAUGUUUGUGCUGACGACUGGGAGGAAGAGUUGUCUCAAUGGGUCUGCAAGCUAAUGGGUUUAGGGGGUCCAUCAAUGACUGUCAUCACACCAGAUUCUCAUCACUACAAGAACAAUGACUGGCUGCAUUUAAAGUCUGACUGGAAACUACAAAAUGGAUCAACCUUUCAUGAACUUCUAAUAAAAGGGCAACCAUGUGAAAGUAGAAGCAAAAUUUCACUUUUAUGCACCAAAGAAGACUGUGGACGUCGCCCUGCAGCCAGAAUGAGCAAGAGGAUCCUUGGUGGUAGAACCAGCCGACCUGGACGAUGGCCUUGGCAGUGUUCCCUACAGAGUGAACCAAGUGGGCACAUCUGUGGCUGUGUUCUUAUAGGGAAAAGAUGGGUGUUGACUGUUGCCCAUUGCUUUGAAGGGCGGGAACAUGCUGCUGUGUGGAAAGUUGUAUUCGGUAUAAACAACUUGGAUCAUCCAUCUGAUUUCAUGCAGACACGUAUGGUAAAGACAAUAAUCCUUCAUCCACGCUACAACAGAGCUGUGGUAGACUAUGACAUCAGCAUAGUGCAGUUAAAUGAAGACAUUGUGGAGACCAGCUAUGUAAGGCCUGUGUGCUUACCUUCCAAGGGCCAGCUGGUGGAACCAGACACCUACUGUUAUAUUACAGGAUGGGGACAUAUGGGCAACAAAAUGCCAUUUAAACUGCAGGAAGGAGAAGUUCGAAUCAUAUCCUUACAGCGCUGUCAAUCCUAUUUUGACACCAUAACAUCCAGAAUGCUUUGUGCUGGUUAUGAGUCUGGUACAGUAGACUCCUGUAUGGGAGACAGUGGAGGUCCUCUGGUCUGUGAACAGACAGCAGGACAAUGGACAUUGUUUGGUCUCACUUCCUGGGGAUCAGUGUGUUUUUCCAAGGUUCUUGGACCUGGGGUCUACAGUAAUGUGUCACACUUUGUGGAUUGGAUUGAAAGACAGAUAUACAUUCACAGUUUUUUUGACUGACUGA